UUAGUAGAGACUAAGAGACGCGACGAUGCACACCAUCGAAUAGUGUGGCGGAAGUAAAUCGAGCCUAUUCACUUAAAACAUAUGAGCAUUCUUUAUAGCAAUCUAAAGCCAAAUCUAAACUAAAUGCUAACGAGAGCGUAACCAAUUGGAAUUACGACACAAAAGACGCAAAACGUCGUCAACUACAACUCAGAGCUACUAAUUCUCCUCAGCAACAGUAAAGCAGCAGCGACAUGUUUGUGAAACAACGACAACAGUGCUUUGUGAUACUGUCACUUUUGGUGCAUUUAAAUGCUGGUCAAGGAUUAUAUUCCAUCAUUGCACCGAAUACAUUAAGGCCCAAUUCACAAUACCAUGUAGCCGUAAGUAUACACAAAUCACCAGAGCCAGUGCGAGUAAAGGUAGGCAUCAUUGGCAGUACCUACAGUGACUUCAAGACAGCCGAGGUUCGACCAUACUCCACAGAGAUGGUGCAUUUUGAUAUACCUGCCCUUAAAAGUGAUCGCUAUAAUCUAACUGCUGAAGGUCUCUCGGGGAUUCGUUUCACCAAUGAGACACGGCUGAAUUUCGAUGCCCAUCAAUUCACGGUCAUGGUGCAAACUGACAAGGCCAUCUACAAACCUAAAGACAUUGUCCAUUAUCGUGUCCUCUUGAUGGAUGCCAAUUUGAAACCGGUCAUCAAUUAUGGCCGUGUCCACAUCACCUUACGGGAUAGUGGUGACAAUGUCAUAAGAAGUUAUCGCGAUGUCAAACUGACUAGUGGUGUUUAUGCCAAUGAUUUGGAACUCUCCGAUUAUCCUAAAUUAGGAGAAUGGUCGGUUGAAGUGGAGGUCAUGGAAGAGACAUACAAGCGUACUUUCGAAGUUGUGGAAUAUAUUUUACCCAAGUUUGUGGUAGAUAUAGACACGGACAAGCAUGUCAUCUACAAGGAUGGCAAAAUAAGGGCCACCAUAAGGGCUUACUAUGACUUUGGAAAACCUAUUGUGGGCGAGGCUACUCUUUCCAUAUAUCCCACAUUCUUUGGAUCACUGCAACCAUUCGUCAAUGACUUGAUUACACGCAAAGUAGUGCCCAUAGAUGGCAGUGCAUAUUUUGAAUUUGACAUUAGAGACGAAUUGAAACUGAAGGAAGACUAUGAACGUGAAUAUCUACUGGACGCCUUAGUCGAAGAGACCUCAACAAGUUCUGUACAAAAUUUCUCAACUGUGAUAACUGUUCACCUCGAUCCCUAUCGUGUAGAAGCCACCAGAUUGCCAAGCAAUUAUAUUCCAGGAGUACCGUUUGAAGUUUCGGCCAAAGUGCAACGCAAUGAUGGUGCUAUGAUGAAAGACUUUAAGCCCGAUUUGACAGCCUUCUUAACCAAUGUAUAUGGCAGCAGUGAGAUGUAUAACCGAACCACUUAUACCUUGGAUGGUCGAGGUGAAGUGAAAAUGAAAUUCACCGUGCCUGUGGGAGACAAAGAUGAAUAUCAUUCAGUUAUAGUUGAUUAUCAAGGAAUUAUUACAGACAUUGGCAAAGUACCACGCAAACAUUUACACAGCAAGAAUUUUAUAACGGCCAAGGUUUUGAAUGAAAAGCCCAUGGUUAACCAAGAAGUGUCAAUAAACGUACGUUGCAGUGAGCCCAUGAGAUAUUUUGUCUAUCAAAUUGUGGGUCGGGGUGAUAUACUUUUAUCUCGUUCCGUGGAUGUUAGCGAUAAUAACUUCCAUACCUUCAAGUUUUUGUCCACAUUUGCCAUGAUGCCUCGUGCCAAACUAUUAGUUUAUUUGGUUAUCAAUGGAGAAUUUGUUUACGACGAACAGGUUAUAGAAUUCGAGGAGAACCUUUUGAACAAUGUACAAAUAGAGGCUCCACUGAAAGUUCCUCCUGGUCAGGAUAUUGAUAUAACAAUCACCUCAAAGCCUUAUAAUUACAUUGGACUCAUGAUUGUGGACCAGAAUGCCAUAAAUAUACGCAAAGGCAGCGACCUCUCAACAUCCAGUCUAAUGAGGGCUCUCAAUGAAUAUGAAUUGAAUGACAUUAACACACCUAUAGCAUCACCUGGAAAAGAAUCGGGAGUGGUGACUAUGUCCAAUACGGACUAUAUUAUUGAGAAAGAGCCAGAGACUACACCAGCCCUGGGACGUGCAGCAUAUAACGAAGAAGAACACAAGCUAACAACUAUACGUAAAACCGAUAUAGGACCAGCGCAUGCCAUCGAAGUUAACACUUUGGCUCCCGGCAAAGGCAGAUAUGCCUUCUCGUACACUCCAAAGCCAUUCUGGCAUAAUCCGCGUAUACAUGUCAUGCAUGCACCGGCGGAUACUUGGCUUUUUAUGAACGUUACAGCAAGCAGUGAGGGACGAACUAAAGUUAACCGUCGAUUGCCGGCCUCCAUGACAUCUUGGGUAGUAUCAGCGUUUGCCUUAGAUCCGGUGCAAGGUAUUGGCUUAACCAAUCCAUCGAAGAAAAUGCAAACAUAUAAGGAAUUCUAUAUAACCAAUGAAUUGCCGUAUUCCAUAAAAUUAGGCGAGACCAUUGCAUUGCCAUUUGUGGUCUUCAAUAACAAAGAUUCAGAUCUGGAUGUUGACGUUACUCUCUACAAUACCAAUCAAGAAUUUGAUUUUCCUCAAGUCGAUGCCAAAUCCCAACCCAAGCCCAAAGUGGAGCUUUAUAGCCGUCGCACUGUAAGAGUUUUGGCCAAAUCUUCCAAAUCGGUGGCAUUUAUAGUCACGCCAAAACGUGUAGGAUCUCUUGUGGUUAAGGCGGUGGCCUCCAAUCAGUUUGCUGGUGAUUCCAUUGAAUCAAGUCUCUUGGUUGAGCAUCCUGGUGCUACAGAAAUUGUCAACAAGGGUUUCCUGUUCGAGAUGGGUUCCAGCACUCAGCGCAAAGCCAAUGUCAGCAUACGCAUACCUCGCAAUGCCAUACCUGAUUCGGCCAAAAUUGAAGUUUCAGCAGUUGGUGAUGUGGUUGGCAGCAUUAUGGGAAAUGUGGAAAAUCUACUUAGAGUGCCAUCGGGUUGUGGUGAACAGACUAUGAUACAAUUUAUGCCAAAUUUAAUGGUGCUGAAAUAUUUACAGCGCACCCGACAAUUGACCACCUCCGUGGAAACGCAAGCCAAGAAAAACCUGCAACUUGGCUACCAAACUUUACUUUAUUAUCGACAUAAAAACGGAGGCUUUAGUGCUUUUGGUCUAUCCGAAGAGAAGAGUUCCACAUGGCUGACUGCUUAUGUGGCAAAGGCUUUCCGCCUAGCCUCUGAAUUUAUACAAAUUGAUGAAAAUGUCAUAAAGACGGCCUUGGAAUAUGUGGUGUCGCAACAAAACGGUGAUGGAGGAUUUGCGGAACGUGGUGAUGUCUUUGAACAAUUUGAAGAUGAGGGUCUAAGUUUAAGUGCUUUUGCCACAUUGGCUUUAAUGGAGAAUAUGAAUACUUAUCCGGAGUACAACAACAACUUGAACAAGGCUUUAGAUUACAUUACACGUGGCCUGGAUGGUUCCAGUAAUUUACAUGCCAUGGCCAUAGGAACCUAUGUUCUUUCCAAGGCAAAUCAUAAUGCCAAGGUAGCUUUCUUGCAAAGAUUAGAUGCCAUGGCGGUGAAUGAAGAUGGUCUGAAAUGGUGGAACAAAACUGCUCCACCCACCGAAGCUAUGUCGCCCUGGUACAAUCACACCCGCAGUGUCAAUGUGGAAAUAUCCUCCUAUGCUGUUCUCUCAUUAUUGGAAAAUAAUUUAAUUGGCGAUGCCUUACCCGUAUUGCGCUGGCUGAUGAAUCAACGAAAUGAUCUGGGAGGUUUCGUUAGUUCCCAGGAUUCUGUUGUGGGCCUGCAGGCUUUGAUAGCCUUUGCCGAGCGUUUCUCAAGUCAAGCCAACAAUUUGCAAUUGGCUUUCAGUUAUGGUUCAAAUGCUGAAACUAUUAUAAAUGUCAAUGCGCAGAAUUCGCUGGCUCUGCAAUCCAUUGAGCUACCAAACAAUCUGAAGAACAUCACGGUAUCGGCCACCGGUAAUGGCCUGGCUUUGGCCCAAGUCACUUAUCGUUACAAUACAAAUGUGACCAGUGCCUGGCCACGCUUUGUUUUGGAUCCCACAGUGAACAGAAAUUCCCAUUCGGAUUAUCUGCAUUUAUCUGCAUGUGCCAGCUUUAUACCGGCUGAAGGCGAUACAAAUCGUUCAAAUUUGGCUGUUAUGGAAAUUUACUUGCCAAGUGGUUUUGUUGUUGACACUGAUACAUUGCCAACACUAGAAUCUAGCGAUAGAAUAAAGAGAGUUGAGACGCAAAAACGUAAUUCUGUUGUCAUAAUCUAUUUCGAUUAUUUGGAUCGAAGGGAAGUUUGUCCCACCUUACAUGCCUACAAAGUUGUUAAAGUGACCAACCAUAAGCCAGUGCCUGUAAUCAUGUAUGACUACUAUGAUAAUGUGAGAAGAGCCCGCCAGUUCUACAGAGCACCCAAAUCACAGAUAUGUGAUGUUUGUGAAUAUGCCAAUUGUGGUGCACUAUGUGAGAAGGCCGAGAAACGUGAAUCUCGUAGACUAGACAGCAAUGAUCUCCUAGAGGCCCGCAUCAAUAGUGCAGCUGCCGAUUCUGCGCCUACAUAUUGUGGCAUUAUAGCAAUUAUGGCCAUUACCUAUCUGAGUUUAAGGCAACUUUUGUUCUAGACUCAACCCAGUUUUUGUUCAUUUGUAGAUAUCUAAAUGUAUGCACUCACACACUCACCCUCUCACUCAUAAAUAAUGAAUGAAGAAGAAAAAGCUUUAACAUUUUUAUACAAAAUAUUUAAUAUAAUUAAUGUAUUAUUACAAAAUGUUUAAUUUUAUAAUAAAUAAUUGACAAAUCUGUAUGCUAAAUUAUAAAAUCCACAAAAAAAUGUAAAUGCGAAUUAUUGU